AUGUCUGCAUUCGAGAAGCUUCCAACAGAGGUUCGCGAUAUGAUCUACGGGUACUGCCUAAUCUACGACGGGGACAUCAUUCCUUAUCCGAAUAUCGACGAGAGAGAACAGAUUCAAGAAAGCUGGCGCAAACCAGCAAAACCGUGCAUCGGACGCCUAGGUGUCGAGUGCAACCUGAAGCAAGAUCUUCGUUCAUGUGCGGGGAUAAGGUACGCCACAGACUGGCCAAGCGUUGCCCUUCUGGGUGUCAGUAAAGGUAUCCAGGAGGAAGCGGCAAGUGUCCUGUUUGGCAAGAAUGUGUGGCGUUUGUCCUAUGUUGAGCACUGGGAGAUGGGAGAGGAGAAUGAUUUUUGGUUAAGCUACGCCCGCCAUUUCCGUCACAUCUCCAGUCACAUGACAUUGAAUGACGCUGGCAAUAUGCUCUACUACAUCAAGAUCUCCAGAGCUGCCGGAAAGUCAAGGCAAUAG